AUGAACCCCAGCAGUGGUCUCGAGAGCGAGGAGCUGCACCUGCGCCAGAGUAUCCUGUACACCGUUGGCCGCAUUUGCGACGACGAAGCAAAGAAGCAGCAGCAGCAACAGGAGGAACAAUGCACACGUACUAAACCUGCAAUGUCCAAGGAAGCCAUGGCCUUGCUCGCCGAUGUCGUCUACAAACAAGCUGAAGUGCUAGCGACAGAGCUGCAGUUUUUCGCGCGUCAUGCCAAUCGGAAGAUCAUGAAAUCAGAGGAUGUCUUACUCUGUGCCAGGAAACAAUCCAAUCUGACCAAUUUACUGCACAAGUACCAGCGGGAACAUCUACAUUCCAGUGCACCGACGUCUGCAGGCUCGAAGAAGAGACGCGGGGACGUUGUUAGCUCAGACUAA